AACUAACUAAAUAAUAAAUAUAUAUUAAAUAAUUAAAAAAUUGAAAAAAAUAACUAUAAAUACUAAUAUACAACCCAAGUGUUUGUAUACCGAAUAUUUGUCUCGCACAAGAUGCGAAUUUUAAUAUAGUAACUAAUCCAAGCUUAAUUUUUUAGGAUAAUAAAAAUAUAAAAAAUAUGUAGUAUUGACAAAUUUAAGAUUUAUAUAUUAUCGUUAUUUUUAUAUGUAUUUAUAAUUUUGGAUUGUCUAUAUAAUCAUCUAUACAUUUGGGCCAUGAACAAUUGUAAUUGGAAUUGUUGAUCAAAACUUAAAAUUUAUUAUGGGCCCCAUUCUUAACCCUUUUCAUUGUUUUAAUGUUCGAGUGGAAAAUGAGCCGUCAACACUUCUUGGUCUUGUUAAGUUGUAAACACUCGUUGAUCUUGUUAAGUUGUAUAACUAGCUUAAACACAAACACUGAAACACCUGUGUCAAGCUCAAAGUCUUCAUUGAUAUUCUUGUAAAAUUUUCACACUUGGAAAACCCUGAAAAAACACCUCAGCAAUCCAUCAACAUGCUUGAUAAACCUCAAACUUGUUAACCCAACAGAAGCUCCAUAAGCGACACCGCUUAUUAGCUGUCCUUUCACACAGUUUCAACAUUAAUUCUGUCAAAACCAUAAGUCUGUUGCAGUGACUGAAACAACCACUUAUCCCUCUGCAAAACCAUAUUCCCUUGCUAGUCAUUGAGUUGCAAAUCAUGUCAUGAAACACCACUCAAACCUGUAGCUUGAAACAACUGCAGAAAACAGAACACUAUAAUGUGUUAUUGUGACAAAUUACUGAGACGAAAGUUAUACGUAACAAAAAUAUGACGUUUUAAAUACGGUAAUGUGACUAAAUUUUCGUAAAAGCUAAUUCUGGUACAUUUGCACAAUGAACUGCUUUAAUCACAACACUAUACUGAGUUUAAACAAGUUGAAAAAGGUCAGAGAAAACACAAGACCCAAUUAACAUAAACGCAAUCCUCUACAGUAGUGAAAAAGUAACAAUAUCUUUCAAUAAACUCAACAGAUAAUGGAUUCCAUACAUCCAAGUGAACUAAACUAAAAGGAAAUACAAACAAUUGAUUAUCCGACACAAAAGGAAACCGCUUCCCUUUAGCUAAAUGACAUAUGAAACAAUGACAUUCUAACAGACUCGGACGAGGUGAUAGCCAUAUAACAAAAACAUUAGUUAUAAAAAUAUAUAGUAAUUAUUUUUAUUUUCACAGGAUUAAUAGAGCUUUUGUCAUUAACUCAUAUAUCUAGUUCUUACUACUUCUGUUUCAUAAUAAUUGUUACUUUAGGUUUUUUUUAUUUUGUUUCUAAAUAAGUAUCAUUUUACAAUUUCAAUGUAAUUUAUACAUUAAAUCUAUUUUUUACUCUUUUGAAUAACAAUAAACUUUUAUUUAAAUUAUUCGCAUUUAAUUAAUCAUACAUUAAAUAUGAAUAUAUUAUAUAAUUUUAUUAAUUUCUGUGAAAUGUCAAAGUGACACUUAUAAUAAAACGGAUGGAAUACUUGUUAAAUAAGAUAAUCAAACCACUCAUCCAAAACUAUAAUGUCAAUCUUUAAGCAAAAAAAAGAAAACUACAACUGUCAAAUGUCAAUCUUUAAUAAUUAACAAUUGUCUACAUUUUUGUUACUUAAGAAACCCUGUUUUCAUGAUUUCAUCCUAAGUGAAUGUUUUUCUUUAUCCUAAUUACCACAACGCUUUCAUCAUAUGAAGUUAUGAACUCGUAUUUUUAUAACUAUAUAUACCCUUGAUCUUUACCUAAGAUUAGUAAAAGAUGUCCUUGAUAUUUUCUUUUGCUAUAAAAGGUCAUUGAUCUUUUCUUACAAAAAUAGAUGUGGCAGGCAAAAGUAUUAAUUUACAUACAUGCCAUAGACCAUGCCAUGUCUUGAAAUUAGGUUAUGACAUGAACAUCGACAAUAAGUGACCGAGAAUGCGGCUGUGAUUCACUACGAUGCGAACAUGAAACCGUGGCCAAAAAGUAAGUAAAAAAAACUUUACUCUCUGAUAGAUACUUGAACUGGAGCCGCUGUUAUCUGCAAGAUUGAAUCACAGCUGAAAGUAGUUAGAGACUCUUUUCUUAAUCAAGUAAUUAGACGAAGAUUUAUGCUAGUGAAGACUGUAGAAUGUAAUUAUACAUAGAAAACAAAAGAAAUAAAAGAGUUUAGCUACUUAUUAAAGGCGUUGUGCCACUAAACCAACAACCUACGAAUCAGAGACUAACACGUGGGUAGAAACAGCUUCAUUAGUGGGCAACCACGUGACAGCUACGGAUUCUAAACUGGCCUUUUUUUUCUUUUUGUAUUACUGAUAGCCUAUGAGAAACUACCUAUCAACAUGUACUUAUUUAACCCAACUCCUAGCUCUGUCCGAACACAAACUAUAUCACUCAUCCCUCACAAAACACAACACAAGUCCUCAAAAUCGUACAGCUCCUUUGCCUUUCUUUUUUUUCUGUCUCCAAUGGAAUCAGAACCCCUAACCGACACGACAGGAGGACCAAACCAGGACGAGACCAAGACCGAGUCAUCAGAAUUCGAGAAGAAUCAAGAACGGUACAAAGCUCUAAUCUCCACGUUUACUCACGAGAAAGGCUGGAGGCAGAAAGAAGCCUAUAUCGAGUACGGUGGUAGCUGGUGGACACAAUUCGUUCUCGAAGGCUGCCUUCACGCGCAAGAAUUCUUUAAAGCACGACCCAACCACUUCUUCGUCUGUAGCUACCCAAAGACAGGUACCACUUGGCUCAAAGCCUUAACUUUUGCAAUCGUAAACCGAUCUCGCUUCGACCAUUCCUCGAGCCCUCUCCUCAGACGUACCCCUCACGAGCUUGUUCCUUACAUUGAGUUCGACGUCUCUUCCUUCCCUCAAGUCGAUGUUCUCAACGACAAAGGUAACAACAAUCUGUUCUCAACUCACAUCCCUCACGAGCUGUUACCGGUCUCGGUUGUGACGUCACGUUGUAAGCUGGUUUACAUCUGGAGAGAUCCAAAGGACACUUUCAUCUCCCUAUGGACAUUCCUCAACAAAGCAAGGGCAGAACUCGGUCCUGUAAACAAUCUCGAGGAGUCUUUUGAUAUGUUCUGUCGAGGUCUUUCUUGGUACGGUCCUUAUCUUCAUCAUGUCUUGGGGUAUUGGAAAGCUUACCAAGAGAAUCCGGACAAGAUCUUGUUCCUCAAGUACGAGUUUAUGAGCGCUGAUUCUUUGCCUUAUGUGAAGAAGCUAGCUGAGUUUAUGGGGUUUGGAUUCACGGAAGAGGAAGAGGAGAAAGGUGUUGCUGAGAAAGUUGUGAAGCUUUGCAGCUUCGAGAUGUUGAAGAAUCUUGAAGUUAACAAAGGGGAGAAAGAGAGGGAAAAUCGUGCUGCUCUUUAUUCGAAUAGCGCUUUUUUCAGGAAAGGUAAGGUUGGAGAUUGGUCGAACUAUCUGACUCCAGAGAUGGCUGCUCGUAUUGAUGGUAUAAUGGAUCAGAAAUUCAAGGAUACAGGUUUGCUUGAACAUGGUCAAUGACAGGUUCUUGAUCUUUAUGCUCCAUUUGUCAGUUCGAUUCUAUAAUGUAAUAAAUAUUGAUUCUGUUUUAUUCAAAUGGUGUUGUUUCUAUAAAAGGAAUUGUCUUUGUAACCAAAGAUCUUUCUCUUGUUAUAAAUAAGAUGAUACAGAGUACAUUCAA